CAUGCACUCUUUUUUCUAGCGAUGGCUCUUCUCAUGCUAGUGAACCCCGGGAAUUGUGGACUUGCUAUUUUAGCUAACUCUUCCUCUGGGCUGGUCUCUGAUGGAGUUGGAGAGAUUCAGCAAUCAGAUUUUAUUGUUUUUGAGCACUGGCCUUCAUCAGAUAGCUAUAGCCAGACGAUUGGAUUCAUGCCGUACACCACCACUGUGCCUGGAAACAUUUUCCUUAUCCUUGUGUUUGUUUCCUUGAUGUUGUUUGCAGCCAAGCUCUUGUAUGAUGGGAGUGAGAUUCUGGUGGAAGUUGUUAGUCCUAGAAUUACUGGUGGAGUUUUUCUACCUCUGCUCGGCUCGCUUCUUGAUGCGCUUAUCAGCUUUGCAUCCAGGCUAUGUGGGAACAAAGAAACUGCUCAAAAUGAUAAGGUGUCAGCUGGGAUCGGUUUGCUAACUGGAUCAACUGCUAUGCUUCUGAUGUUGCUAGGGGGAUGCUGCAUCAUGGAUGGUUCAGCUGUUGGCACUGACGUCAGAAAUAGCUAUACUGCAAGGAUCAUGAUCAUAUCUGUCAUGCCAUUCAUAAUAAUCCAACUAUCACAAAUUCUCAACAGGACUUCACCAAUUUUCUUAGUGGCCUUGAUUUCACUCAUUAUCUCUGUUUCUCUAUUGCUUGCAUAUUGCCUCUAUCAGGUCUUUCACCCUUCUAUUUUGAAAAGAAGACUUGCUUAUACAAACCCCAUGCAUAUUAUGCCGAGAACUGUAAAAAAUUUGAAAUGCUGUUCAUUGGGGAGGCUCUUAACCGCUAAUGGGGAACCUGAUGUAGAAGUUAUCAGAAGGUUAUUUGCGAUGAUUGGUGAGAAUUCAGAUCAGUUGCUCUCGGCUAGUGAAUUAAGAGCACUGAUAACAGGAAUCCAGAUUAAAGACAAAGAUUCAGCUAUUAAUGAUGCUGUUGGAGAAGUAAUGAGAGAUUUUGAUUCAUGUGGGGAUUCUAAAAUUAAUAUAGAUGCCUUCAUUAAAGGAAUCUCAAGCUGGCUUGCUAAGGCUAAGCAUUCAGCAAUUUGUUCCAGUGACAAUGAUUUGAAGACAAGACUAGUUGUAGACCACUUCAAUUUGUGUCGUAACAUCUCUAAAUUAAUGAAUUUGCAUGCAACAAACAAAGAGCAUGAACUGCUGGGUGUUCAGAGUGAUGAGAUUGCAAAGAUCGAAAACCCCAAAUGGAGUGUCUCUAAAGCAGUGCUGAUGUUGCUUUUGGGGUCUCUGAUAGCUGCUACAUUUGCUGAUCCUCUAGUCAAUGCUGUUGGCAACUUCUCCACUGCUACAAACAUUCCUUCUUUCCUGUUCUCAUUUGCUGUUCUGCCUUUCGCUAGCUCCAGCGAGGCAGUGUCAGCUCUAAUGUUUGCCAGCCAAAAGAAGUUGAGGAUCACUUCUUUAACAUUUUCAAAGAUAUAUGGAGCAGUGAGCAUGAACAAGCUCCUUUGCUUGUCAGUCUUCUUAGGCCUGCUUUAUUUUCGCCAUUUAACAUGGAACUUCACAUCCGAGGUGCUGAUAAUUCUCAUUAUUUGGAGCUUUCUUCGAAAGCAAAUGAGAUGACAGAAAGGAAAAAUUGUAGCUUUGUCCACGUCAGAUUCUCAUUUAUUUAUUUAUUCAUUUUUUUAUUCUUCCUGAUGAUCUCCCUAUAAGAGA